AUGGAACAUCUUCUCUGGCUCAUCUCUGUCCAUUUCCCACUACAAGGCGCGCCCGCACCGACAUCGUACGACCCAUCCAACGGACCCUAUCAUCCCGAGCACGCGCAUGCGCAUGCGUCAGAGGAUGUAGAACAAGUGGAACAGUCCGAUCCCCUUACUCCAGCCGAACAGUCUCGACAACUGAGGGACAAUCAUAGGGCUAGGUCGGCUGCGCAGAGGCAGCAUUAUGAUAGGAUCGAAGCGGAUGGAGAGUUGGAAGAUGAGCUGUUGAAUGGGUACGAAGAGGAGGAGGAUGCGGAGGAUGAGUUGAUCGAUGCUGCGCCUGAGGCGGAUGGUGCGAGGGGCCAAGAGGAGGAGAUGUGA